AUGGGAGGCGGCCUGAGAACGGAGGCCAACACCCAGAUCUUCCACGUGCGGGUGCGAGCGGUGGAUGGAGGCACGCCGUCCCUGUGGUCCACGGCGCCAGUCACGAUCAAGGUGGUGUCUCGGGGAGCUGCCUACUCUGUGGCCCAACACUUUGGCAGCCUGCCAUCCUGGAGAACACCACAGAGAACACGGAGGUGGUGGUGCUGUGUGAGAUCGAACCUCGCGGACUCUCCCAGUGUUUACUUCACUCUCGUGAACGGCGACACGCCGGACACCAACUCCGAGGGCACAUUUGCCAUCAGAAGACGGCUGCCUGACCAGCAAAGCUCUGUCUGCGGGGACAGCGCCGGCGUCACCGUCUUCGUGGCCACGCGAACCCUCGACUACGAGUUCGUCCAGCUUUACAAACUCAACCUGCAGAUUGUGAACGAGCGCAACGCCCGCCUGGAGCAGCAGGUCUUGGUCACCAUUGUGGACGUGAACGACAACGCGCUGCUGCAGCCCUUCGACGGCACGGUGCUGGAGAACACGGACAGCACGCUCAUCACCACCAUCCAGGCCGUGGACAAGGACGCCUCCCCAGAGUACAGGAAGCUCACGUACUCGUUCGACGCCACGGCCUCCCACGACGUGAUCACCAAGUUCACCCUCAAGACCAACGGGGAGCUGUGGACGACGGGACCGCUGGACCGGGAGGAGGUGAGCCAGUACCGCGUGCCCAUCCAGGUGACCGACGGCGUGCCAGAUCACGAGCGCAUGACCACCUACUGGAUCACGGUGCAGGACCUCAACGACGUGGCGCCCCAGUUCGACCUCUCGCAGGGGGUGUACGAGGUACAGCUGCCCGAGAACAGGGAAGCCGGCAAGCCCACGGGGAUACGCCUGGCCGUAGAUGACCAGGACAUAGGUGAGGCACCAACUAACGGUUAGGAAGUGUGAAGUUCAGGGGCAGUUGUAAGGGCAGGGUGAUACGAAGAGUGAGACAUCUACAAACUAAAAAGAAAUGGGAGAG